GUUUUUCUCCAUACUAAGAGGGAGAGCGGCGUGUGGUUAGUUGUCUGACCGAGUUCCAUUGAGAGCGAGGAUCACAUCACAGGGGGCGAAUGAAGAGGGGCGUAAAUAAAAACAAACAUAAUUCAACCACAAUAUCCCGGUCUUUAGGUGUGGGUUCAUGACGAUUCAACUAAGAGUUGGUUAUUUUGCUGAUAUUUUCAUGUUGUGAAACUGUCGGCGAAGGAUUUAAUCUCAGAUUGCGGCUGGUCUGAAACAAAGGGGUCGGGGACUCGAGUGUUGCAGUGUUCAGUGGUAAAAGCAGGUUGAAAGGGUGGACCGUGGGCACGACUCACUACUGGCAAGAUGGAACAGGAGGGGCAGUGGUGGAAGAGCCAGCUCGCUGCAGACAUCCACCAGUCUUUACGAAUAAAGGAGCUGAAGUUGCCCACCUACAAGUCCCACUCUCCUCAGAUAGGGAUGCGGCGUUACUUUGCUGACCUGCUGGCUGUCCUCAGUAACCGCUACCAGCUGUGCCCAGCGGCUCGCCACCUGGCCGUCUACCUCCUGGAUUUGUUCAUGGACCACUACGACGUGGCAGUCCGCCAGCUCUACAUCAUUGCCCUCUCCUGCCUGCUCCUAGCUAGUAAGUUUGAAGAGAAGGAGGACCGUGUACCAAAGCUGGAGCAGCUAAACUCUCUGGGAUUCAUGUGUAGCCUGAACCUGUCACUGAGCAGGAAGGACCUGGUAAAGAUGGAGCUGCUCCUCUUAGAGACGUUUGGCUGGAACCUGUGUAUGCCCACGCCUGCACACUUCAUAGACUACUACCUCCAUGCCGCUGUACAGGAGGGAGAACUGCACAACGGCUGGCCCCUCUCCUCCCUCAGUAAGACCAAAGCCUUCAUGGACAAGUACACACACUACUUCCUGGAAGUCUCACUGCAAGACCAUGCCUUUCUCGGCUUCCGACCGUCCCAGGUGGCGGCAGCCUGCAUUGCGGCGUCCCGCAUCUGUCUCCAGAUCACCCCAAGCUGGACCACCGUUCUCCACCUGCUCACCGGAUACUCCUGGGAGCCCCUCACCCCGUGCAUCGAGCUCAUGCUGCUUGCCCAUGACAACGAUGUGAAACAAGCCAACAAAUCCAAGUCCAACUCUCUGUCUGUCCAGAGUCCUCUCCAACCCCAGGCCCUUCCCUCAACCUCCACAGUCUCUGUCUCUACCAUGAAACAGCCCUUGUCUACCUCUCAGCAGCUGCUCUUCCAGACAGGUGGAUACCAGCAGCAGCUCACCCAGCACUCUACUCCCCUUUCCCAGCUGCACAUGCUAGGUGAGUCCCAGACUCUGGGCCCUGUCGGGUCUCGCGACUACCUCCAGGCCCACCAGAGAGGGCUCCUCUCAGGGUCGGUUUCUCAGGGAGUCUUCCCCUCCUACCCCAGCUUAGCCUCAGGGCUGCGCUCCUCCCUGCCCCUGCAGGGACCUAUCUCCAUGCAAGUGGCUCUAGCUGCAGAGCCCCGUCACUGCCUCCCCCUGUCGUACGGGGGAGGCUACCUGGGCUCCCAUCACACCUACACAGCAGGCUGCUUUGACAGGUGACGCCAGGAGAGGGAGGACAAACAGAACCUGGGGCAGUCAGUGUCUUCCUCCAUCCAUUCUGACCUCAUCCACUGGGGACAAAGGAAACCAAAACAAAGAAGCAAUGUCAAUGCAGAUGUUGCUGAGGUCAUAAUAUUGACCUAACAAAAGCCCUACCUAUUUGAAAUGAGACACUUUGUGAUGAGCUGAUUACAUACAGUACAUACUGUUCCCUUCACGUGACUGCUUGCUCUAUACUGAGACUGUGAGGCUGGUUUAGCCACUGUGAUUCUGCUAUCAACUGUGGUUGUGUGGAGCCCCUGCUUCCAAAUCAGUUCUCUCAAUGUGGGACUGCUGUUUUUUUUAUGUACUAUUAUCUUUCAAUGCUGCUGCUUUAAACAAAAUGACUUUAUGAUCAGUGGAAAGUGGUCUGUCCUUGGUAUUAUUUACAUGAACUAUAUAAUUUCACGGUUUGAAGUAUUACUUGAAAGAAUAUGUAUUUAAACAGCUGUGUAAAUGAAUUUCUUUUUUGAUGUUGUGUUUUCUUUCUUUUUUCUACUGGGUAAAAACAGUGUGUAUUGUAAUGUAGGAGAUGCCUUGCUAUGAUUUCUGGUCCAUCUUUGGCCUUGGCUGGUGUAGAGUAGUCUCAAUCUUGUUUUGCCUUUCUGGUGCCCCUGGAAGCAGAUGGAGCCAUGGUUCCCAGGGGAACAGCCACAUCCAUCCUCUCAGCACAUCAAACCACAGGGGAAGAAGUGAUGCUUUACUAGCUAGUCCCCAGGGGGGCAAAGCCAUGCUUUCUCCUCAGUUAAUGUAAAUUCUCCUGACUGGUACCAUUUCAUCUGUAUGUCUGACUGAAACCCAUGACAGUCACACAACCCUCACUGGAACAGCUACUGUUGCUGUCCUUGUCACAAGGACCUUGAGCAGUUAAUGACACCAGGAUCACGUUGGGAAGGCUUCUGUACAGGAUAGCUUGUAGUUCAGUACCGCUGACAUUCUCAUCUGGUCAUACUACUACUGAUGUCCUACCUCACUCUCCAGGGUGGUUGCUAUUUGUGUAGUUUUACUGUAAUUUACUGCACCUGUAAAAUGGACCAUGCUUGAUCAGAUGUAAAGAGUGCCACCAAACAUUUAUCCUAUAAAAUUAGCAAAAGUAUAGUUGACCUUUAAAGCUGGGACCUUUUUAAGGGUGAAACUGCCACGUCUGUUUUGUGAAAAUACAACAAAGAAGUUACUGCAAACAACAACAACCC